AUGCAACACUCAGCUGAGCAAGAGACAUCCAAAGAGGAAAGACGCAAAAAGCGUCAAGAGGAAGACCGAAGGGCCAAGAGUCGAGGAGCCAGAACAACAACAAGUGGUGGUGGCUCAAGCUCUCAAAGACGCAGUGAUCGCGAUGCAAAAGAAAAAGCCAGGGGUCGUCGCAACCGCAAUGAUCCUCCUGUGAAUCCUGGUGUCGUUGCAGAAAAGAACAGUAGCGAUGCAAGGCAAAAGGGACGAGCUCGUCGUACUGGGAGCGGUCCUGUGGUACCAGGAGCUGUUUCAGAAACCAAGAAUAAGGAAGAUGAUGCUCGUGAGCGAUCAAAAAAGCGCAAAGAAAAGAAUUCGCAAAACUCCUCCUCCAGAAGCACAGGUGGCUCUAAUACAGCCCAACGUGAGCGGAACCGUAAGAUCAAGGAAAAGGCAGCAAUGGCUGCAGUAACGCCUUCAGCAGCGACUUUGGAUCAGAAGAAGACUACCAGUGCUGCUGAGGAUGAAGAGAUUAUUCCAAUGGCUGCUGCGAUUGAUAUUGAAGAUGAGCCCGCAAAGCAAGAGGAGUAUGCUGUUGAUGGCACCUGCUGUAUGGCUCCUGCAAUGAGUGCGACUCUGUUCGCAUCAAAUGAGGCAGCAGAGUCAGCCAGGGAUCAAGAGCAAGCCGAUGAGAAACUUGCAGCCACGCCAACACCAUUUUACUGCAAAGCCUGGUUUUGGUUGAUUGUUCUUCUUGUCCUGGUUGGAGGAGCUGUGGGUCUUGUCUUUGGAUUGAAUAGCAGCAGCAAUGAUACUGCCUCUUCCGCUGCUUCUAUUAGUACAACAACUGCACCUACCAACAGUCCUGACAAAGGACUUCCCCCAACUAAUGUUCCUGCAAGCACAAAUGCACCUACGGGUACCGACAGUCCUGAUACUGGAAACUCCGCUGGGGUUCCUGCUAGUCCAUCGGAUGCCCCUACUAGUGUUUCCCAACCAACAGAUCCGACAGAACCCACAGAUUCCAAAACACCACCCAGCAUUCCACCACCAUCAAUGUCUCCUUCCAGCAACCCGACAGAUGCACCCGUGGUGGGCCCUUCGCCACCUCCAACGGUGUUCCCCACUGCGACUCCUAGUGUCACUCCAACAGGACUUCCACCUGCAGAACCUUCAUCUAAUCCUACAUUCGCUCCCUUUCCCGGCCCCUCGCCACCUCCAACGCCAAGCCCUUCCAAGGUACCCACAGUGUCUCCGACUCCAAGUCCAACGAAGAUGCCCUCGCAGUCUCCAUCUUCAAGACCAACGACAACGCCCUCCUUGAGACCUACCCGAGCUCCGUCACAACAGCCCUCAAAAGGUCCCACGCAACAGCCAUCUGUGGUUCCAACAGUGGCACCUACCGACCGGCCAACAUUUGCGUUUGAUGGACAAGGCGUCCCGGUGUAUGGCGAUUGGGAAAAUGAAGUCAACAUAGGCGACGAUAUUGGUCAAUAUUUCCUGUAUGUUCCAAAUGACUGGGAGGCUGUCUUUGGAUCACUUCCUCCAGCAUAUCCUGCAAGCGCGGUAUUGAAUGCUGAGCAACGACGAAAUGAUCAAGUCAUUUGGCAGGGGCAGAUGAUUGCUUGGACUCAUGGCGGUAGUAGAUCCGAUAUACCGGUUGGAUUUGAGUCUGGGAGACGCAAUCCUUAUUCGAACUCAGCCAUUGGACAGUGGGAGACUGGCGAUGUUAUCGUCCCUCGAUACGUUACUCCAAAUGUCGACUGGCGAAGCAGCUUUAAUGCCAACAGUCUGUCGGGUCAAGGGAAAUACUUUCUUUACAAGUAUGAAGAAUGGGAAGCAACCUUUGGAUUUGAUCCUAGAUCAGCAGACGCUCAGACUCCAGCGAUAGUCUGCAGGAACGGGCAGCAAGUCUAUUCUGCAGAUAUCCAAACAUGGCCCCUACAGACCUAUCACGGGGGUUAUUUGCAUGCCCGCCGUGUUUCUGGCAGUACCACUGGUGAUUUUGAACAAGGAGACUAUCUGCUGCCUCCGAAUAUGGCAUGUCCCAAGGCAAUUCGAUCUUCCUUUACGAGUCCAGUUCCUAUUACAGCAGCGGAUGCCACCAAGUAUAAAACGACCAGCGUUGCAGCCGGAAGCUACUUUUUCUUUGACAACAGCGACUGGGAGCAGGCAUUUGAAUUCCCCACCUUUGGAGAUUGUGCCACAUCUUGCUCUGUAUCGACCCGAGAUAUAAAUUUGGCUUUUUUCAAUGUGCGACAGUGUCGCAAUGGAGCUGAGAUAUGGACCGGGCUGGUUGCUACAAGUGCGUCCCACUUCUAUUACCCCAGCGAGUCUCGGGCAGUCGGUCGACGCAAUAAUCCAACAGCCGGAGAUUUUGAAACAGGAGACACAAUUGUUCCAUUUUCGAGAAGCUGCUCCUAG